GAUUACGUAAUGCCACGGCGGCUGAAGCGGUUCCGCUGACUGGUGUUUGCGCGGCGAGCGUCUACCAGUGCUGCCUGCUCCGCUCCGGCGCUCGCCACCCCGGCCCCGAGUCCAGCUGCGGCCGGGCCGCCGUCUGAACAUGGACUCUGCUGGCCAAGAUAUCAACCUGAAUUCUCCCAACAAAGGUCUGCUGCCCGACGCCAUGACGGACGUCCCUGUCGACACAGUGGGGGCCGCCCCGAUGCCUGCUGCCGAGGGUCUGACAGAAGCGGAGGAGGAGGAGCUCAGGGCCGAGCUCGCAAAGGUGGAAGAGGAGAUCGCCACCCUGCGCCAGGUGCUGGCGGCCAAGGAGCGGCACUGCGGAGAGCUGAGGCGGAAGCUCGGCCUGUCGGCCCUGGAGGGCCUGAAGCAGAACCUGACCCGCAGCUGGCACGACGUGCAGGGCUCUCCCGCCUACGUGAGGACCUCUGAGACGCUCGGGGAGUGGAGCGAGCGAGUGGCCCAGUCGGACCUCUACAAGAAGACGCAGGAAACGCUCUCUCAGGCGGGACAGAAGACGUCGGCUGCCCUGUCCACGGUGGGCUCGGCCAUCAGCAGGAAGCUCGGGGACAUGAGGAAUUCUGCCACCUUCAAGUCCCUGGAGGACCGAGUUGGGACCAUAAAGUCGAAGGUGGCAGGCGGCAGAGAGAACGGCGGUGAUGGCCUUCCCUCCCCGACCGGGAGUGGCGACAAGCCCCUGCCCGGCCACGAGCCCUUCUAAGCCCGAAACCGCUCUGCCGCCACGGAGCCCGCGUGGGGCCCUCUUCCCGGCGGCCCCCCCGUGCGGCGGAGCGGCGGCGGCUGCGGAGGACGCGAGGAGCAGCUUUGAGGACAGUUGUGCCACCCACGUGUGGGUGGGCCGCUGCACCGCGUGUCCGAGGGAGGGUCCCGUGCCCAGAUGCUUCUCACUAAAGCCGUUAGGUGCCGCGGACCCGCUGUGCGUCCUCCUGGGGGCGGGGCGGGGCGGGGCGGGGCGGAGCGGAGCAGCGCCCCCUGUGGCGGCCUUGUGGGUUCAUCAGCGCGCGACCCCCGAGGAAGAGAGGCCAGAUGGCACAGCUGAGCUGGUGGCACGUGAACCCCGCCUUCCCCGCACCGGCGUCCAGAAGCCCGACCGGCCCGCGGGCGCCCUUCGGAAUGCUGAGUGAGGAGAGCGUCCACGUCCCGAAACCCUCCACAAAGACGCUGACUGUCAGCAGCCUCCUGGUGGUUACACUAAUGACCUAGCUUUAACUAAAGCAAAUCCUUUAUUUUUUCAAUGCAGCCGGUUUUUCAAAAUGUAAAACUAAGCAAAGCAGCUUUAGCCUGGUAGUUAGAGAAUAUUAUCUGGACUCGAGCUGAAAUACAAGCCUUACACCCCUCA